CCCCAUUACACCGGAACAUCUGUCAGAGACGUUGGAUCUGACAGCUGCUGUGUCCAACACAACCUUAUUCUGCACCAUGUUUUGGAAACCUAGAUUCUAAACCUUCUCAUUAUUAGACAGGGUGAUCUGGUCUGUACAAUCAAACACAGACAAUGGAGUCGGAAUUUUCUGCAAUGUCCUCCAUGAGUGAGCAGCUGAACUUACAGGACGCUUCUCCAGGGGUCUACAAGGAGGCGUAUCGGCUGGCCCUCUACGCGCUGCUGAAUGGCGGUCAGGAGGCAUAUCAGGAGUUCCUUAAGGCGGAGGGGAUCGCCGACUUUCUCUCAGAGGAGGAAAUUAGGUACAUUCUGGAGAAUAAGAAAUGGCCUUCAGGAGAUGAUGAUGAGGAGGACUGUGAGGGUAUGGACAAUGCACCUUCUACAUACUGCCCAAUGGAAUCUGAUGUGGAGGUACCAGACCUGGAUCUGGGCUGGCCGGAAGCCAGGCUUGAGCAUGUGGAGACCAACGUCCACAUGCUUUUCCACCCGCCAAGACAAAACAUGCCAAACAUCAAAACAGUGGUGCGGAAAUAUAUCAAAGAAGCAAAAAUGGUUAUUGCUAUAGCAAUGGAUAUAUUUACUGAUGUGGACAUAUUCCGAGAUCUGGUUGAAGUUUCCACCAGGGGAGUGGUGGUUUAUUUGCUGCUAGAUGACCUGCAGUUCAACAGCUUUCUACGCAUGUCGGAAAAGGCCAACGUUCCUCUCCAAAAGCUAUGGAAUGUGCGGAUUCGCACAGUGAAGGGUCACGAGUACCGCUGUCAGUCCGGGGCAAAGUUCCAUGGAGCCAUGGAGCAGAAGUUCAUGGUGGUGGACUGCCACACAGCACUGUAUGGGUCGUAUAGCUUUAUGUGGUCCUACGAAAAAAUCAAUCUCAGUAUGGUGCUUCUCAUCACAGGCAAGUUGGUGUCCUGCUACGACGAGGAGUUCAGAAGACUAUUUGCUCGCUCCAUAAUACCUGCCCAGCUUCUCCAACAGACGAUACCAGGCACAGAUGUCCUCUGUGGCAGGAGCCCAGCGCCCCUGCAGAGCCUCCAUUCUGCCCAGUUCUUUGAGAGAACACGCUCCUUUGACACCUCUCAGCUGAAAGUAAUGAGAGGACGCCUGAACAUGUUAAACCACACCGACAAACUUGAGGAAGGCACACAUGCCAAUGGAUCGAACAUCAACCAUGGACUGAAUCUCCAGCGAAACCCUCCCACCAACACUUACACUGGCUUUCAACAGAGACUGUACUCAUCGCUGCGUCAGAGGAGCCGAGUCGUAGGUGACAAAGGUCCUGAUGUCCUGGACAGAAGCCCUCUCUCUGCCGCUGGUCAGCUUAACAGUCAGGCCCAGUUCAGGCAACCAGCCCAAGAUGACAGCGCUCUUCAUCAGCCGUCUUUCCUCAGCGUCUCUGAGUUGUCUCUUCAUAAAUGGAGAAUCGACUCAUAUCUCAGGAAUGACCAGGUUCCGGCGGACUCCACCGAGAGUUUGGACCGUCUGAGUUUACGAUCCGACAGCAAGUCGUCUCUACAAACCCCUCAGUCUUCCAGACCGAACCUAUUCAAAACCCCCGAGCAACCAACUAUGACUGACCUGAGGGCCCUGAGUCCAAUCCUGGGCAGACGCACCAUCACCUCUGUGUACACUUCCCUGCAAAGAGCCAAAGAGAACGAUCCGGUCAGGGAUCCUAAAAAGCCUGAACUUAGUACGGAACGCCGACUCAGUGAAGAUUCGACCACUCCCCUUACCAGGCAGUCACUAUAUACUGGACUAGUUAGUACAUCGACAGCGAUCAAACAACCAGGAACAUCUGACCAACCUUCACUCCGUGAGACCAACCAUCAGUCUCGCCCUGACGUCAAGCAGGAGACCGAAGUUGCCAUAAGUAAGCCAAUUCCCCCUAAACCCAGCUCUGUGAAAAGCCUUGAUAAUCUCCUAACUGAUCAAAGAGAAGAGGUGGCAGAAGCCGUGAAAGAUGAGACAAAUGCGUCACAGAAACUCAGCGAGUCUCACAGGUCCAUGUCCCAUUACGACAUCAAAACCACAGACGAUAAGAAGACCCCACAGUCCUACGACUGGCAGGAGCCUCCCUCCAGGACAGCCUCGGCGUUCCAUUUAGGGCAAGAGACAGAUUCCUCACUGCCCAAGGGCUCCAACCUAAAACGCAUGCGCCCCUUCAGCGACAGCAACAAGACCCGUUUGUCUCUGAUUGAAAUACCAGAAGAAAAAGAGGGUCUUGGCUCAGUUAGAAACUUGGAUGAAAUCGGUAAAGUCACCGAAGACUUGGUCACUUCGGCAAAGACUCAACCAGCGCCCAUUGAAGCAAAUGUUCACAUUUCAGACAGACGGCCCAGCUUCACGGAGACAAUAGGGAGCCCCACUCCCUCCUUCGGCAGUAGCAGGGACUGGUUUUCACCCUUGACCAGCCCUGUGUCCAGUCGUCCCACGACUCCCACGUGGAGCAGCUCGCAGAGACACGAGGUAGAGCGGGCUGUGGCUCCGACACCGAGGACGCUGUCCGCCCUGGACGUGGUGGGUCGUUCGCACCACAUGCUGGAACGCGGAUCGCAGUCCUCGGUGGCCACGGUGGAGAGUGUGAUGUCCAACCCAGGCGAGGGGCGCUACGGCAUCCCGGAGGUCAAGCGGAACAAGGUCUAUAGUCGCUUUGAGCACUUCCUGUCCGUGGAGAGGAGAGCCCCCGAUAAGACUGAAACUGACCGCAUGAAUGCAUACGCUGCCGAGAAGCGCAGGAGUUUGUUCAUGGGUGCCUCCAGUUCCUACUCCAGAUACCAGACACAGCCACAGACUGACAAUAGGUUUGGCAAAUUCAUACAGCGAGUGGGCAGUCUGAUAACCAAAAACAAGUAGAAUGAUAUUCAUAGGUUUUAAUACUCAGGCUUCUGUGAGUGCGUUUGUAAAUACAGUCAAUAGAAAACUGUUAGAAAUGAGAACUGUUAGAAAUUUAGACCUGUUUUCUGCUGGUAUUUUUAAAUGUAUUUAAGGAAGUGCAUGUGCAGGUUGUACAUUGUACAUUGCAGAAUAAGAGGAUAAAACAACUAAUAAGAAACCACAACAUCUUGUUUUUUGUCUUGUGGGUAUAUUUUUGGGUACAAUGAUAUCAUUGUAAAUUGAUGGAUUAUCAAAUAAUGCAAAUAAUGUAUACGAAAAUGAGGUCAAUGAUGUUUCUUUUGAAUAUUUAUUCUGAUCAUCAAAAAAAUUCUGAUAGAAGACUGAAAAAAUUCAGUACAAGCCCUCGUCACAUCUC